AUGACUAAUGACUCUGCUUCUAACUCUUCCGAGUGUUGGAACGAGUACUGCUGGACGGAAGAAGAGUACCAGACGAUGCUGGAGGCGCACGUAUUCCCCCACCCCUACGAAUGGUUCUUCGUGUUCCUCUACACAGUGAUCUUCAUCCUGGGACUCGUGGGCAAUUUCCUCGUCGUAUACGCCGUCUGGCGGAACCGCACCAUGCGCACUGUGACCAACGUGUUCAUUGUCAACCUGGCCAUCGGGGAUUUUCUCGUCAUCCUCGUGUGUCUUCCGCCCACCCUCGUUCUGGACAUCGCGCAGACGUGGUACCUGGGCACGCCCACCUGCAAGGUCCUACUCUUCAUACAGAACCUGUCUGUCUCUGUCUCGGUUCUAACCCUGGGAGCCAUAUCCGUCGAGCGAUGGUAUGCGAUCUGCCAUCCCCUGGCUUUCAAGAGUACCCUGUCCAGAGCUCGCAAUAUCAUCAUCAUCAUAUGGGUGGUUGCAGCGCUUGUCGCAAUACCGGAAAUUGUGGUCUCCCAGGCCAUGCCAUUCAAAUUCCCCGAACCGUUCAAGUCUGUUUUGCUAACCUCGUGCGCGCCAACUUGGGAGCAGUGGAAACAGGUCAUCUACCAGUUCUUCCUGGCGGCGGGAAUGUACCUGUGCCCUCUGGUAUUGAUGACCUUGACCUAUAUCAACAUCGCGAUAGUUCUUUGGAAAAAGGAUAUACCAGGAGAGGUUAUGAAAGAAGCAGGGAAGAAACCCAUGAUUGAUGGCAAGGGUAACACACAGGAAGACAAGGUUGUGUCUAGGAGAAAGGCCGCCAAGAUGCUUAUAACCAUAGUGAUCGUGUUCGCGCUCUGUUACUUCCCAGUCCACUUGUUAAAUAUGCUGAGGUAUUUCAAAGUGCUGAAAUUGGGAGAUGGUGUUACAACGACAACGCAGUCUUUGAUAUCGCACCUGCUUCCAUAUUUUAACAGCUCUAUAAACCCAGUUAUUUAUAAUUUUAUGAGUGCUAAAUUUAGGAAGGAAUUCAAAAUGGCAUGUUUUUGCUGUCUGCGUCCUUUCUACAAAACAGCACCCAGACGACGAAACGGGACGUUUACGAUGACCUUCUCCAAUAGCAACUACAGCAACUGCCACACCGAGGACGUCACCAUGACCAGCUUCCGGGACUGAGAAAGGCGUCGUCCAAGUCUCAGGGUAGUCCACUGGUACGCGGAUCUCAGACCAACGGUCAAGACGAGCAGUCUACACAACACGUGUCAUCAUCAUGUGUAAUGGUGGACUGUCGUAUACCCAGUUCAGUGGUCAAUACAGAACCGUGUCUAAAAUAACUAUGGGAUGAAAUACAAUUUAAUAGA